AUUUCCUCGGCUGUGUAAUGAGAAGUUCAGACUGCUGUAAAUAUUGUCUGCCGACAGGAUACAAUUUAACAUAUUAAAUACCAUCAAUAAAUUAAGUACAAGGUGGAUUAAAGUUCGCAUCAACGCGCUAUUUUUAGAGAAAAACAUAAUAGCUAUUUUUAGAAAACGCGUCAUAUUUACAUGCGCAUAAGCUAUUCUAUAAAUAGUCUGGUAUAGAGGACGACGGCAAUAUUUAGUAAACAAACUUAUUACUUUGUGAAAUUAUUAUAUAUUCAAGUAAAUUAUCUGUUCGUGAUGGAAACUAGACGGAAGCGGAAUAACGACAGUGUGUUUAAACAAACUCUUGAUACCACUCCUGUUAAAAAAUUGAAGAAAAUGUCGGACAAAAUAGAUCAAAUGAAAGAAGUAAUAAUUGAAAACGAAACUAAAUGUUUGGAUUUGGCUUUUGCAAUGGAUUGUACAGGAAGUAUGCAGUCAUAUAUUAAUGAAGCAAGGAAUAAUAUCUGUAAGAUCGUAGAGGAAAUCGUGGCCAGUGAAAAUAUAGACGUGAGGUUGGCACUCGUUGAAUACCGUGAUCAUCCCCCGGAAGAUACUUCAUUCGUUACUCGUUGCCAUGAUUUUACAAAGUCUUCAAAAACAAUGAAAGGCUGGUUAAGUACCUGCUCUGCCACAGGCGGAGGAGACACGCCUGAAGCUGUAGCUGAUGCUCUUCAUGAUCUACUUAAACUAAGCUGGAGGGAGGAUUCUACAAAAAUUUGUGUUUGUAUUUCAGAUGCUCCACCGCACGGACUUGGUUGUACAUCAGAUGGUUUUCCGGAAGGGUGUCCGAAUGGAAUUGACCCUGUGGUUGUAUCAAACCAGCUGGCUGCAGAAGGAAUAACAUUAUAUGUUGCAGGCUGUGAACCAGCUAUUAUUCCAUACAAAGAUUUCUUUAUGGCGAUUGCACAUAUCACUGGUGGGCAAUACGUUCCUAUGCGAAAAGCGCAGGUCCUCUCAAAAGUGAUUGUCUGCGGAGCACAAGAGGAAUUGUCUUUAAACGAUUUAAUGGCAGAAGUAGAUGCUGAAGUUAGAGCAAGAAUGCAAGCUGGUGAAGAAAUCAACGAUCAUGCAGUUUCUGGUUUCCUUCACAACAAAUGGACAGAGCGUGGGCAGCAGGCAGUUCAGCUUCAAAUGGAUAAUGCUGAACUCAAUAGUGUACAAGACUCUCCUGAAGCAAAAAAGUAUUCUCAAAUGAAAACUCUUGCUGAAAUCAAAAAGGUUUUCAAAGAAAAACCUGGCAGGUAUGCAUCAUUUGGAAGCCAUGCUUGCGGGAGAGGAGCAUCUCUUUUUUGUAAGCCCGUCUCCGGAAGUACUGGUUUCGGUGCUGGUGGAGAUUACAGUACAGGAACUUGUUUUGGAGCAGCAUGUUCGAGCACAUUUGGCUCAGUUGCAACUGGAGUCACGUUUGCACAGUCCUCGAGAUUAGUACAGAAAGCUAUUGCGAAAAACAAGAAAUAACUGAUGCGUCAAUAUCAGAGAGAGAGAUAUGGAUAGUGGUCAUAUAACAAUAUGCAUAUUUUACGUUUUGAGAUAUAGCUGUUUUGCAUAUUUGAUCAUUUACAGUCUUUGUUUUCAACAUUUGUGAAUCGUUUUUAUUUAUUUAAGUUAUUACUGGAGAUAAGUUAUAAUAUUAACACCAUACAAAGUCAUUCAAGUAUGUUUUACCAAGGAAACAUGACGUUAUUGUGUUAAAUUGUAGCAGAUACAAUACUUUCAUGCUUGGAGCUGAUAUUAGGGUUUCUAAAAUAACCCAUGAAUGUUUACAAUUCUUAGUAUUUUUCGUUGAUAAUAAAAAAUUAUCGUUAUCAAGCACAUGACCUUGUUUGUGUUCAAUUUAUAUUUUAAUAUAACUAUUACGUAUUUUAAGGGACUCUUAAGGGAUUCUUUCAUUUGAAGAAGCUAUCCCGCUACCUCAUGGAAGAUCGAUGGUUCUUCUCAGGUGCCCGCUAGUGCAUUUCAUAAUUGACGAAUGUGUUACUGAGAUCUUCGUCCAUCAGCAAAGCUGGAUAGUCCCUGAAUAUUUAUAGUGGUAGCUGGAUAGUCCCUGAAUAUUUAUAGUGGUAUGUUCUUUAUGGCGUAGGUAUGAUCUUUAUGGUGGUAUGUUCUUUAAGGUGUCUGUAGUUACAUAUUUCUUUAUAUCAGACUUUGAUCAAAUUAUUUUUUUUUCUAGCUUUAUACCAUCAUGUGCUAACAAGGGCCACAGUCUGGCGGGGUCAGCGCUCGACUUUUCCUCACAAGAGGAACAAUAUACACCUACAAAACUUUUUUUGGUAAUAAAUUUCAUAUCUGACCUGGAUGGGUCAAGGUCAAUAAAAAGGUCAAAAGCUUAUUUGAAUUAAUCAUCAUGUCGGUAUUGUCAUAUGUGUUUUUGUCCAAGAAUGAAUCAAUUUCAUAAAUAAAUGAGCCAUGCCAUGACAAAACCAACAUAAUGCGUUUGCGACCAGCUAUCAGUUUCUCUACUUGUUAUAGAGUUUGUAAGCAAACAGCAUGGAUCCUGAUCAGACUGUACGGAUGCGCAGGCUGCUCUGGAUCCAUGUUGGUAGCAAACGCAUUAUGUUGGUUUUGUCAUUGCGCAUUAUGUUGGUUUUGUCAUGGCGCGGCUCAAAUUGA